AAAGAACCUAAUGUCCUAAUAGAGAGAGGAAUGAAAGCCAUUAAAAUACUUUUCCAUUGGAUUCUGAUUCGUUUUCGAUUACUUCUGGAAGCUUUCUCGGCGAAGUAUUCCUCAGUCCCCAUCCGUCGUUGAUUCUGCUCAUCAAAGCUUCCGGGAAAGUGAAGCUGAGAUUGCAUGGCAAGAGAUGAGAAAGAAGUGGGUUGGAGAUCCGUCUAACAGGACUUCAGAGAUGCCUAUGGAACCUGUAAUAAGCUUCAACGCUACUUAUGAAGAGUUGCUUGUACCCAACACUCCUUUUCACAAGCCCAUCCCUCUAGCUGAAAUGGUGGAUUUUCUGGUGGAUUUUUGGCACGGGGACGGUCUUUUCGAGUAGGUAUGCGGAAGUUGAUUCUUGGUACAAAUUUUAGUUGCAAGCUCUAAUCCAUUUAGGUUUAAAAGAAAGUUCUCUGGUUUUCAUUGACAAACCAUGAACAUAUAUAUAAUUAAGUUAGGUAUUUUUUGGGGUUUUCUUCCAUGACAACCAAAGAAAUGGGAUCAUGCUUUUGUUCAAUUAGAUUCUCUACACAUGAGUUGAUCGAAUGAUGUUUACCAUAUAACAGAUAAUCACCAUUUAAAUCUUGUGACGCUUUCUAUAGUUUUGUACUUUUCUUUAGAAGAGUAUUGAAAACUAAAAGCAAAAGGCAGAGAUGAGCGUGGGAUGUGGGUUAAGAAAAAACGUGUAUGAUCGUGAUAGGCGCGUCUGCGUUUGGUGAUUGCGAUUGCGAUUACGAUUACGAUUGUAUGUAUGUUAGGUGUUCAAACGCACUGCGAGUGGCGCACUCACUCAGAUUUCCC